AUGACGGGACGAUCGAAAUUCGAGGUCUCGAAAUUUGAUGGUCAUGGCAAUUUCGGAUUAUGGCAGACGAGAGUAAAAAAUUUAUUGGCGCAGCAAGGAAUUCAAAAAGGGCUGCGCGCAGAGAAGCCUAAAGGGAUGGAAGACGAUGAUUGGCAAGAUGUGCCGGAACGGGCAGCCAGGACGAUUCGGCUAUGCCUUGCAGAUGAAGUUAUGUAUCACGUUAUGCAUCUCAAGUCGGUGGAUGAGAUCUGGAAGAAACUGGAAUCGCAGUUUAUGUCGAAAACCCUAACGACAAAAUUGUAUCUGAAGGAGAGGUUAUACGGGCUGAAGAUGCAGGAGGGGACCGAUUUAGGGCAACAUGUGAAUAUCUUCAAUCAGGUUGUCACGGAUUUGACUUCACUCGAAGUCAAGAUUGAAGAUGAAGACAAGGCGAUGAUUUUACUGUGUUCGUUAUCUCCUUCUUACAAACAUAUGGUGACUACCCUUACAUAUGGGAAAGAAACGAUCAAGACUGAGGAGAUUACUUCAGCGUUGUUGGCUCACAACCAGUGGAAACAGAAAUCUGGAGAGUCAUCUUCUCAAAGUGACAGUUUAUAUGUGAAGGGUAACCAGGAUCGUGGAAGAAGACAGGUGCGAGAUAAUUCAGGAAAUCGGAAUUUCAGAUCCAAGUCGCGAUACAAAUCGAAAGGGAGGAAAACUGUGACGUGUUAUAAGUGCAAGGAACAAGGGCACUUCAAACGGGAUUGCCCAAAGUGGAAGAAACAGACUGUUGAUAUGUCAUCCAAGUCUGCGAAUGUGGUACAGAAUGAGGAAUCUGAUUGCAGUGAUGGAGAUGUUAUUUAUUUCGACUGCGCAAUGCAGAUAAGGUACAUGUGGAGUUGGAACCUAUUCCAGCAGUUCUUGAUAAGGGAGAGAGUUCGACUUCUACCUGAUGAUGUUGAUCAUGAUGUUUCUGACACAACUGAUGUGUCAGAUAGCUACAAGUUAGCUCGGGAUAGAGUGAGGCGUACCAAUAUACAAGCUCCGGUCAUGUUUGGUUAUGAGGAUAUGGUGGCAUUUGCUCUUAUGAUCACUAGUGUGGAUCCUUGCCUUUUGAGUCAAGAAUUUGAGAUGAAGGAUUUGGGGGCUGCGAAGAAGAUUCUUGGGAUGGAGAUUCACAAGGAUAGAGGAUCAAAGAAGCUAUGGUUAUCUCAGAAGGGUUAUGUGGAGAAGGUGCUACAAAGGUUUGCGAUGAAUGAAGCAAAAUCGGUGGGCACUCCACUAGCAAACCAUUUCAAGCUUUCUGUUGAUAUGUGCCCCAAAUCGGACAAGGAGCUCAGGAUAUGGUGGAGAUACCUUAUGCCAGUGCUGUUGGAUGUCUGA